AUGUCGACUAUGCAUCGAGUCUGUGCCUCGUCCACCAUCUGGAUACAUCUUUUCGGAUCGGCAAAUCCUUCGACAAACUGAAUAUUUUCAUAACAAACGUGACCAAAUUCAGCCUAAAUAUGAUAUCGAUCUAUACCAUGCUACAGUCGUAGCUGUCCUGCCUGCAAACUGCUCAGCAAUGUUUCGAAAUGUAAUCGAAUCGUUAUUUAUUACUUAUGCUGAAACAUCGCUCAAUACAAUCGGCAACGUUCUAAAUGAAGAGCAACAACGAAACCGUUAUUAUCCAUUAGAUAAUCCUUGGCUAAUUCGGGGCAAUGAGUGGUGUCAAGAAUUGGUGCGUCGACCACAGCCCAAAAUUAGUCAUAUUUAA